CACGAGAAACUUAAGCUAAGUAUAAAAUAUUCUAUGAAUUUCAUUAAAGAACAGUAUAGAGAUUUUAAGAAGACUUAUCAAAAGCAUCUGAAACUAUAAAAUAAUUAUUUAAAGACUUAGCGAAUUUGAGCCUCGUCUGCUACCACGGCAUAGAAAAGGAACUAUUGAGUACUAAUUAUUAACGAAGGCAGAAGUAGAAGGUUGCGACUAAAUCAGAGAAGAAAAAUUUUAGUGCGAGUGUAUUGCCGAUGUAACAGGCAAUUUAAGUAGAAGGUGGAAGUGCAUUGAUAAAUACAAUAUUGACGACCUGUAGAACGACACCUGCUUUACUCGAAACGAGAGACGAAGACACGGUGACGGCGGGGGCGGCCAUACUCAAACAACCGCCGAGCGAAGUGCGCGGCAUAGCGCAGAAAUGAAACGAUAAUAAACUGUAUUAUAUCGUUCGUAAACCCGGGGAAACGGUAACGGGUGUAAGUGCCUCCAUUAAAACAUAUAGGAAAAAAUUACAAAAGGAAGUAAAAACGGAAGUGUGGGAAGUGUGAAGAAAGAGGAAAGCGGCCCGACGAAUCGAGGCGCACGGAACGGUAUGAGUGCAAAGACAGACGUGAACAGGCGGGUCCUAGCGAUUCAGGCCAAAAAAAAAAGGCACAAGCCAAGCAAACGAAAAGGAAAAGCAAAUAUUCAAGAUGAAUCAGAAACAUCAGGAGCUCAAUGUUCAAAGGCAUCGACUACUCAACAAGGACAAGGAUCGAGUUUCUAUCAGGAUGCUUCUGCACAAAGACCAUAUUCCAGUGAUAAUGGAAAUAGAUUGGAACCAUGUCAUAGCUCAAGUAAUGAAACAAUGGAAGAUGGUGAUGAAGUAUACAGUAGUGAAGAUGAAGAACAAGAAGACAGCAGUGAUUAUUGCAAAGGGGGAUAUCAUCCUGUUAAAAUAGGAGAUUUAUUCUUAAAUCGCUAUCAUGUAACUCGUAAGCUUGGUUGGGGUCAUUUUUCAACAGUCUGGCUUUGUUGGGAUUUACAGGAUAAACGAUUUGUAGCACUUAAAGUGGUCAAAUCUGCAUCUCAUUUUACUGAAACUGCAUUGGAUGAAAUUAAAUUAUUAAAAGAUGUACGUGAUACAGAUCCUAGUGAUCCUAAGCGUAAUAAAACCGUCCAAUUACUCAAUGACUUCAAGAUUAGUGGCAUUAAUGGUUUGCAUGUUUGUAUGGUAUUUGAAGUUCUUGGGCAUAAUCUUCUUAAAUUGAUUAUCAAAUCUAACUAUAGAGGAAUUCCAAGAAAUAAUGUUAAACGUAUCAUUAGACAAGUUCUUGAAGGUCUUGAUUAUCUACAUAAUAAAUGUAAAAUUAUUCAUACAGAUAUUAAACCUGAAAAUGUUCUUGUUUGUGUUGAUGAAGCUUAUAUAAGAAAAUUAGCUUGUGAAGCAACAGAAUUACAUUCACUUGGAAUGAAAUUGCCAGUAUCUUUGAUUUCAACUGCACCAAAGGAAUUCCAAGAACCCACUCCUAAUUCUAAAAUGUCAAAAAAUAAGAAAAAAAAACUUAAGAAGAAAGCAAAACGUCAAAAUGAAUUAUUAAAGAAACAAAUGGAACAAAUAGAAGAACUUGAAGAGCAAGAUAAACUUGCAAAUAGCACAAGAGCAAAUGGAGAAUUAGAAACAAAUAGUCCAGAUCAAGAUAUAAACACAGAAAGUAUAGAUGAUAAUACAGAAAGUAAAGGUUCACCUGACAUUUCAGAACCAUCUGCACCUUCAUUGCAUAUAAAUGGUGUUGAUAGUUUAACGGUUGAAGAAAAAAUAGAAAAUCAAAUACCUCAACAAUCAGAAAAGAUGGAAAAUGCAAAUUCAUGCGAUGUAGAAAAAAAUUGUGGUGAAACAAUACAUUCACCUGAUCAUGAAGAUACAGAUGAAUGUAGUGAAGGCCGCAAUUUACAUCCACCUGAAAGUAAACAAUUAAAAAGAGCAUGUGUAGCUCCUUUAGAUCCUGCCCUAGUAGAAUGUGAUGUUGAAGUGAAAAUAGCAGAUCUUGGUAAUGCAUGUUGGGUCCAUAAAAAAUUUACAGAUGAUAUUCAAACUCGUCAAUAUAGAUCAUUAGAAGUAUUAUUAGGAUCUGGAUAUGAUACAUCUGCAGAUAUAUGGUCCACUGCCUGCAUGGCAUUUGAAUUAGCAACUGGUGAUUAUCUUUUUGAGCCACAUAGUGGUAAUUAUUAUUGCAGAGAUGAAGAUCAUUUAGCACACAUUAUUGAAUUGCUUGGAGAAAUACCAAGACACAUUGCUCUUUCUGGCAAAAACUCAAAAAUGUAUUUCAACAAAAAAGGUGAAUUGAAACGAAUUACUGGAUUAAAACCUUGGGGACUGUACGAGGUGCUUACAGAAAAAUAUGACUGGUCACCAAGAGAAGCGCGCGAGUUUGAAGAGUUCCUAACUCCGAUGCUCGAGUUUGACCCGAGUACGCGAGCUACAGCAGCAGAGUGCCUGAAGCAUCCAUGGCUGCAAAUUAAAAAGUGAUCAUGUUUUUUAUCGUUUUAUCUUUAAAUUCUUCAACUCUAUACUUCUACCAUCCUGACGUAAUUAUAAGUCGAGAGUGUAACAAGAGAUAAUGAUCAGCAAUGGCCAGGUUCUUUCAUCUUAUAUAUAUUGUUUUAUUUUUGCAUAAUGAAUGUAUUAUCACUAAAAACGCACAGUAAAAAUUAUUCAAUAUAAAAUAUUAUAUAUAUGUAUAAUAUUAUUUUAUAAUAAUAUUAUAAUAUAUUAUAAUAUUUAAUAUUAUAGGAUGCAAAAUUAUUAAAAAUGUAUCUUAUAAAUUAUAAUUUAGAAUUGUUUUUUAUCUUUUUUAUCUGUUAAUAAUUUUAUGAUUAUCAUUUAUGUCUAUUAUUGUGAUUAAUUUUAUACAGUAAAUAGGAGUUAUCUAAUACCAAAACAAUUGGAAAAGAAAGAACUUGCUACAUUCCACCAAAUUCCAAUAUUUGCAGUAGUUGAAUAUGCUUCUAAUUGUAACACUCUCGACGAUGGCUGCCUACUUGUGUAUUUAUAAAUUUGUUAAAACAUGUUUUUCAUUUAGUGAUGCUAUCUUAAAUUAAAAUUUCGUAGUACUUUAUUAUUUUACAUGGUCAUCGUUAUAUUAUCCUUUAUAUUACUAUUUGUCACUUAAUUUAUCAAAUAUCCCAAGAGUCAUGGGACCUACUCAUAAUGUACUUUAGGAAAGGGCAGGCCCAUUGUUAUGCUAUAAUGAAUAUUAAAAUUUUCAUUAAAAUAUUUUUUUGCAUUAAAUUGAUUAUUCGAAAUUUAUUGAUAGCAGGUUUUUUCUCUGUGAUCUCUCCUCGUGCUUAAUUAGUGUUCAAGAAAGUUUAAUAAUCAUUACUAUUACUGUCUUGAUUAAAUAAUACUCAUAACGCAUACGCCGGAACGUGUGUUUAAGCAACUGAAUCUUUGUACAAAUUCAAUGAAUGCAGAAAUACAUAAAUAUAUAAUAUUAGUAUAAUUAAGAGUUGGUCGCCAGAUUCUUGGUAAACAAUUGGUAUGAUUCGGAAUAAGACAGUGCAUACUUUAUUCAAUUACAAUGAAGAAAUUCUAGAAUUUGAAUUUGUAGUAAACUCAUAAUAAUCAUAUAUAUAUAUAUAUAUAUAUAUAUACAUAUAUAUAUUUUAUUUAUAAUAUAUGAGUAAUACAAAAAUAAUAUAAAAAAGAAUAAGUCAUGGAAUUUUGGUAAAAUCAUAUACACUGUCGGAUUUCGAACGAUAACUGACAUUCAAUAAUUGUGGUAUAUGUUUUCUUUCAUUUAAUUUAUUACAUAUUUCUUUAUAUUGCUAGAAGCAUAUAUCAUAUAUAUAUUGUACAAUUAUGAAAAAGAGAGUAGUUUCUACAUUAUGACUGACAUUUCGGUAAUAUUUCAUAAAAUAAUCAUGAGAAAAAGAAAUACGGUGUUACGGUUAAGUUCUGCGCGACCUUCUUUACUUCGAGCUAUUGACUGAUUAUUAAGCUCUCUGCCGAUAAAUUGUCUUCUAUUUUAUAACGAAAAAAGCGAAACAAUACGAUUACUGACUAUUCAACAUUACAAUUAUAUUUUGUAUCGUUGAAUUCUAUUUAUGCUUCCAAACAAAUGUUCAGUUUCGCUGUAUCUGCCAAUUUAAUAUCAUUUUAUCAAAAAUAAUAUGAUCGAUUAAAAAGUAUUUUGAACAAAACUGGUGGAAAUGCAUAUAAAAAAAACUUUUAUUAUUAAUUGUGUUACAUUAGAUGAGAAUAUGUUUAUUCUGGGUAAAAGAGGAAAAUAGUUACUUAAAGUAGGUCAUUUAAAAUUAGUUAUGUUUAUUUUCGUUAAGAGUUUGUAAAUCAAUGAGUCUUACAAAGACACUACUUUAGUCAUUUUAAUACAUUUAUAAUUCAUUUCCAUAUUUAAUAAAAAUUAAAAUUUAUACGUACUACGAUAAAGAAGAAAAUACUGAAUUGUUAAUAUUGACUUUUACAAUAUUUAAAAGAGAUAGUUGAUAAUUAAGAUCAUGAUAAGAUUUGAUUUGUUUGAUUUUAUUUUUUAUUUUCUGUGCAUAUUCUUAAUGAAAAUGCUUCUUCUAUCUGAUCGAUGAAAUUCAAAACUUUUAUUUAAAAUUAUCAUAGAUACUUAACUAUCCUCAUGUAAUCAUGUGAUCCCACCGUAAUUAUAAUCUUGGGACUGAUGAUGGCAAUCCUAUUGAAUUUGUACAGUACGUAACCGAAGUUGUCAUAAUUAAAUAUACAUUCACAUUAUGUUACGGAACAUGGCCAGUGAAAUCCGGAAAAAAAUGCAAAAAGGAUGCGAGGAAUUAGCAAAAUAAGUAUUUUUUCCGAAAUACAUCUCGAAUUUUCGCUUGGUUAUUUUUAUAAUUGAUGAUUGGUGUUCGAUAAUUCGAUCAUCAUGUGUUUGUGUAUCGUUAAUAAUAAUUUUCGCUUUAGCAAGAAAAUAUAAAAUAUGAUAAUAUUAAAAAUGAAUGAUAACUUAAAUCAUACAACAGUUGUAUGACAAAUAAAUGAUCGGCUUUUUUGGUAAAAGUUUAGAUUUCAAAGACAUGCGAUUUCACCGUAUAGCCGCACAUUACAAAUAUACAUACCGAAAAAUUUAUAUAUAUAUAUAUAUAUAUAUAUAUAUAUAUACAUAGAAUAAAUGGAAUGACAAUUUACGUAGGUGUGAUUCGCUGCUUUGGCGCUAGUUAGGAUGAAAUUAACAAACAUCAACAUUAAAAAAAUGUGUAUAGCUUAAUGUACAAUGUACGAUGUACGAAAACUUCCCUUCUUUCCUUUCCUUUCCUUUCCUUUCCUUUUCUUUUCCUCCAUAUAUACACCUCCGCUUUCUAAAGUUUGUGCAAAUAAUGUAUUCAUACAUAUAUUAAAACAUGAAAGCUCGUUGCGCAUAUUUUUUUUCAAUAUUAUAGAACAAUCAUUUUAGUACAGAAAAAGAAAAAUCAAUGAAGAGUUAAACAAAGCCAAAGAAGCUUGUUUAUACAGGGACCCAAACUUGAAAUUUUCAUGCAACAAUUAAAUGGAGUGGACAAAGCUCGAUAGAAAAUCUCAUUUUAUUAUUAAAAUUCAUCUGAACUGGAAUUUUUCAAGAAAUCUUAAUAUUAAUUUAAUAUAAUUCGAAUAAAAUUUUUCAAAUGUAAAAAAAGAAAUAAAAUUAUAUUCUAUUUCUUAAAUAUAAAAAUAUUUAAUGCGCCAAGGAAGAAUGAACAAUAUCAACACCAAGAAAAUGCGUAAAUGGAAAAUAUAAUGUGUGAUUUUUUGUAAUAUUAUAAUGUUCAAAAAUAUAGAUCGACAAAUACAGAUGUCGAUUGGAAUGGAAAAAUUUGAAGUUUGAUAAAAUAAAAUAAAAAAUAGAUUUCAAAUGAACACCAAGUUAUAUUAUGUAAAUUGUGGCGUGUCUAACACGUAUUGUAAAUAUUGAAAUGUAAUUGGAAAUUUUACACAUUUUUAGACUGAAGCGUCUACAUUAAAAAAAUUGCGAUAAGUAUAGAAAAGUGCUUGAGAAUCUAAGAAAGAGAUCUAAUGGAUUAUAUAUGACAAUUUAGUCAAAUUAUAAUCCCUUGGAAUAUUUCCUGUAAUAAAUGGAUAGAAUCGAGAUAUGAUAUUGUUUUAUGGAUCGAUAUAUAGUCAUAUUGGUCGUAGCGUUGUAGAAUUAUUUAACUCUGCAUGCUUAGUCGAUUGCUCGAUGUUGUACAUACACAAAUGUACUGUACUGAGCAUUAAUAAGGAUAUAACUAUUGAUAAAAAUAUAGAAGCUCAUGAUAUAUGAAGAUUCUUUUUAGAAUUUUAUUGGAUAAUCUAAUGCGUGAAUAAUAUUUGAACAGAGAAUAUGUAUAAUUAAACUGACUGGAGCAUUAGCAAAAAAAAAAGGAGCCAAAUAUGCUCCGCUAUGCUUUUAGACAAUACUUUAUUAUUAAUGAAAAAGAUAACAGUAUCUACCCUUAUAUUAAUGGUUGAUUAAAAUAGAUAAUUUAAAUAGAAAUAAUUUAUAAAAAAAGUAAAUGAAAAAAAACCAAAAGCAUGCUUUUUGUAAAGAAUAGAAUUUUUGUUCAUCUUAUAAACUUAAAUUAUCCUAAAAAUAUUUUACAUUGAAUUUAAAUUUCAUACAAUGAUCAUAUAACGGUAUCUCUUAUAUUCGAUGUUUUUGCACUUAUACAAAAAAAAAAUAUAUCAUAAAAUCAAAACUACUUUUUUUUAUAUACAUUUAUAUUCAUAUCAUUGUACUCAAAAGGAAAUACCGUGAAAGAUCAAUUAUGGUAUUAAGAAAUUGUAACAAAUCAUUUUUAAAAACAUGCCUCGUGCUCCAGUCAAUCAAUGAUCAGAUGAGGCAUAAAAACGUAGACAUAAUAAAGUAGAGAUAUCGAGUCAAACAAAUAAACGGAUUUGAUGUUUAGACGCUGCCUCCGUUAUGUGCCCUGCCGCAGAAAAAUAAGAUAAACCCGUGUACCCUGAAAUCGGUAUAUGAUAUUAAAAAUAAAUACACAUUAAAAUAAAA